CCAGAGUGGAUUAAAAGAAUGGGAAAUGCCAGCAAACGCUUUAGAAGAAUUGUUUCUUUCCUAUGCAUUUUAUCUGUACUGUUGCUGAUUGAAGGCAGCAAACCAGGAAAGCCAACAUGUCCUGCGUUGUGUACUUGUACCAAAGAUAACGCUUUAUGUGAAAAUGCCAGAGCUAUUCCACACAGCGUUCCACCUGAUGUUAUCUCACUAUCCUUUGUGAGAUCUGCUUUUACUAAAAUUCCAGAAAGGAGUUUUGUCUUCUCACCAUCUCUGCAACUUCUAUUAUUUACAUCAAAUACUUUUGACGUCAUUAGUGGUGAUGCCUUCAUAGGUCUUCCUCAUCUAGAAUAUUUGUUCAUAGAGAACAACAACAUCAAGUCCCUUUCAAACACUUCCUUCCGAGGACUGAAAUCUUUAAUUCAUCUGAGUCUUGCAAACAAUAAUCUCCAAACACUGCCCAAAGACAUAUUCAAAGGAUUGGAUUCAUUAACAAAUGUGGAUCUUCGAGGAAAUGCAUUCAAAUGUGACUGCAAAUUGAAAUGGUUAGUGGUGUGGUUGAGCAGAACAAAUGCAACUGUAGAAGACAUUUAUUGUGAAAGUCCACCUGAAUAUAAGAAACGCAAGAUCAACAGCCUCUCUCCUAAUGAAUUUGAUUGCAUUAUUACAGAAUUUGUUGUAUUUCGCAAGCUACCGUAUCAGUCUCUGUCAGUGGACAGUUUCUCCUACAUGGAUGAUGAAUAUGUGGUCAUUUCCCAGCCUUUUACUGGAAAAUGUAUCUUUCUUCAGUGGGACCAUGUUGAAGGGACUUUUAGGAAUUUUGACAACAUUACAGGGGCAUCAGUGGUUGUAUGCAAGCCCGUCAUUGUUGAAAAUCAUCUGUACAUCAUUGUUGCCCAACUCUUUGGUGGCUCCCAUAUAUACAAGAGAGACAUCCAUGCAAAUAAAUUUAUAAAAAUUCAGGAUAUUGAGAUUCUCAAAAUCAGAAAACCUAAUGACAUAGAAACAUUCACAAUUGCAAAGGAAUCAUAUUUUGCAAUUGCCGACAGUUCCAAAGCUGGCAUCACCACUGUUUACAAAUGGAAUGGGAAUGGAUUUUACUCAGAUCAGUCUUUGCAUGAGUGGUACAGAGAUACUGAUGUGGAAUACCUAGAAAUAGCUGGCAAACCUCACCUGAUCCUGGCCAGUAGUUCUCAGCAGCCUGUCAUAUAUCAAUGGAAACAAGGGAACAACUUCAUCAAUCCAACUGAUAUUCCAGAUAUGGAAGAUGUUUAUGCUGUAAAGCACUUUACAGUGAAAGAGGAUACUUAUAUUUGCCUAACAAGAUUCAUUGGUGAUUCCAAAGUAAUGAAAUGGGGAGGAACAAAAUUUUUGGAUUUACAAAGGAUGCCAUCAAGGGGAUCAAUGGUAUUCCAGCCUCUUCGGAUAAAGAAUUAUCAGUAUGCUAUUCUUGGAAGUGAUUAUUCUUUUACUCAAGUCUAUUUCUGGGAGGCAGGCAAGGGCAAGUUUGUGAAAUUUCAAGAAUUAAAUAUACAAGCUCCAAGAUCUUUCACACAUGUUUUUGUUGACAAACAAGAUUUUCUCUUUGCAUCAAGUUUUAAAGGGAAUACAGUGAUUUAUAAACAUAUCAUAGUUGACUUAAGUGUGUGA